GUUAUUUUCAGCUCAUGGGUCCUGGGUAUGGGCCAUGGUCCUGACCAUCGAUGAAUGAUUUGAUCGUGUGGAGGCCAUCAAGUAGCCGAUUAUUGAGAUUAUUGUGAUGAGAUGGCACCGGCCGUUGGUUGCUUGGUUGGCCACCACCACUCGCCACUCGGCCCGCCAACAGACCGUAGGGACGGGGUUGGUUGAAGUGAGCCCAGGAGGACGAUUCGUGCACAAGUGGGCAAGACCAAGGACAUAGACAGAUAGCUUAGUGAGAGGACAACAAGGUCGUGUGGUUGUUGAUUGGCUACAGGUGAUAUGCAGGCUGUUAUUGCUCGUAUUGUGGCAGACAUCCGCAGACGAUGUGCGAGCGAGUUUGGCAUGAAGGUGGCGCCAGCACUGGCCGGCGCAAUGGUUCGCAAAGUGGUUCUGGAUCCAUCGGCUGGCUUUGAACUGGACAAAGAGCUGAGAGAUGAUGAUGUGGAGCGACUGGUGGAGAUGGCGGUGGAAGCACUGGCCGAGGAGAACUCGCCAGAGUUGGACGCCCUCAAGCUGAGCCUCGACUACGACUCGCUGAGCUCGGAGAAUCCUGUCCUUGUCCGGGCGCUAGAGCGAGAAAAGGCAGCCGAUGCCAUGCGCAAGUCGCUGCUGGAGGAUGUCAUCAAGUCCAAGGCUCGCGGCAUUGCUGCCCUCUCGGCACUCUACCGCAAGAUCCUCAACUAUGUGGUGGCAGCCGGCCGCCUGACCGAGGUUGACACGGCGGCGAGUGCAGGGGCCGGCGCGGGAGCAGGAGCUGUGAGUGGCGGCGAUGUUGGCGACGACGCCGCGGGUGAGGAAGAGAAGAGUGUGCUGCUUGCGCCGUCGAGCGCGAUGCUGAAGGAGUGCAACGCGGCGCUCGAGUCGAUCUUCCCGCACUCUGAGUUGCCUGCCUUUGUCAUGUUGUCGGCGUCGGACAAGACGCAGCAGCUGAACGAGAUGGCCAAGAUUGUGGUGGGCAUUCUCUUGUACAACCGUAGCAUCGGCAAGGGCGGCUCGCACAUUGUGGACGUGCCUGGCGAGCUGCUCGACGAGUCGCGGCAGCUGCGCGAGGCCGUUUCUGGGACGGCGCAUCUUUUGGCGGAGCGGAUUUCGGGCUACACGGCGCUGCUCAACCACAUCCAGUUUUGCAACGCGCGGCUUCCGGUCUCGCUCGAUCGGCUCAACGCCGAGCUGAGCAACCGACGGCUGCUGCUGCAGUACAUGGAGUCGCUGCUGGACACGGCGUCGGGGCUCAAGGCGACGGUCAACUCAUCGAUUGCGGCGCUGAACAACAAGCUCGACGGUAUUCAUGGCAUCGUGGUGGCCAAGCACGCGGUGCCGACGGAGCAGGUCUACCCGCGGUUUGUCGAGGUCUUUCACAUGUGGGACAACCUCGCAACACUGCGGCUGCAGGCCUCGUCGAUCCGGCUUGUCUACGACACGAUGAGCCGGUACCUCGACUCGUUCCGCUCGUCGCUCGAGCCUGCGCUGGUGGCGCAGGCCAACGCGGCGCUUGCGCAGUUGCAGCGCAAGGGUGAGGAUGAGGGCGAGAGUGAGGACGAGGGCGCGGAUGCGGGCGCGAGCGGCGGCGUAAGCGGCAGCGACGAGGCGGCGGCGGCAGAGACGCUCGCGCACGGAGUGUACGUCGCACCGCACGAGGUCGAGUCGAACCUCGGGCUGGCGGGCUAUUGCCCGUGGACGCUCGUCUACCGCAACGCCAUGCUCCUGCCGGGCGAUGCGUCGCUCGGUGGGGUCCUCUUCCGUGGGCGUCACUACGUGUGCGUGGACGAGGCUGCGCUGGCGGCGUUCCAGGCGCAUCCGGGCAAGUACCUGGCGACGAUCGGCGAGCUCGUGGCCAAUGACCCGGAGCUGAUGGCGUUGCUGGCGGCCAAUGAGCCUGACACGCUCGCGUGGGCGGCGGCGAUGCUCGAGGGCGGCAGGAGCGGUGGGGCCGGCGCAGGCGCAGGCGCGGGCUUGGGCUUGAGUGCGGGAAGCGACGGCCCCGCGACGCGCGAGGUGGGCAUCCAGACCGAGGUCCACCCGCUGGCGCCAAACAAGGAUCCGGACUAUGAGUGGAAUGAGUGGAACUUGCGGCGCAAGGCGCUGAUGUACGUCAACCUGCGGACCAAGGCGACGCGGUCUGCGCAGACGGCAGCGUCGGCAUUCCGGGCCGAGGCGACAACGCAGCACUAUAUGCCCAAGGAGGCACGAACGCAAACAACCGUCGAUGCGUCGACCAAUGUCCAUCCGCGUGCGCGGUACGUGGCAGGUCUCCGUGGCAAGCCCGGCAAAGGCCAAGUCCAAGUCGUUGAUCUCACGCUGGACAUCAACAUUGAUUGAACACGUUUGGCCUUCCC